AUGCCUUCUCUUCUUCUCGUCUGGCAGGUUCUUCGAAUUCGUCGCUCCGAACGACCGCACAACUUCGCGUCCGUCAAUCUUCACCAUUCUUUUCUCGCAAGACUCCCUCUCUCCCUCUUUCUCCCUCCCUCUAUCUUUCUCUAUCUUUCUCUCUCUACGUGUUUUCAUUGCAUCUCACUCUCUCCCUCUUUCUCCCUCGCUCCCUCUUUCUCUAUCUUUCUCUCUCUACGUGUUUUCAUUGCAUCUCCUCUCUCCCUCUUUUCUCCCCUCCUCUAUCUUUCUCUAUCUUUCUCUCUCUACGUGUUUUCAUUGCAUCUCACUCUCUCCCUCUUUCUCCCCCUCUAUCUUUCUCUAUCUUUCUCUCUCUACGUGUUUUUCCAUUUGCAUCUCACUCUCCCUCUUUCUCCCUCCCUCUAUCUUUUCUCUCUACGUGUUUUCAUUGCAUCUCCUCUCUCCCUCUUUCUCCCUCCCUCUAUCUUUCUCUCUCUUUCUCUACGUGUUUUCACUGCAUCUCCUCUCCCCUCUUUCUCCCUCCCUCUAUCUUUCUCUAUCUUUCUCUCUCUACGUUUUCAUUGCAUCUCCUCUCUCCUCUUUCUCCUCCCUCUAUCUUUCUCUAUCUUUCUCUCUCUCUACGUUUUUCAUUGCAUCUCCUCUCUCCCUCUUUCUCCCUUCCUCUAUCUUUCUCUAUCUUUCUCUCUCUACGCGUUUCACUCUCUCCUCUCUCCCUCUUUCUCCCUCCCUCUAUCUUUCUCUAUCUUUCUCUCUCUCUACCUUUCAUUGCAUCUCCCCUCCCUCUUUCUCCUCCCUCUAUCUUUCUCUCUCUACGUGUUUUCAUUGCAUCUCUCUCUCUCCCUCUUUCUCCCUUCCUCUAUCUUUCUCUAUCUUUCUCUCUCUACGUGUUUUCAUUGCAUCUCCUCUCCCCUCUUUCUCCCUCCUCUAUCUUUCUCUAUCUUUCUCUCUCUACGUGUUUUCAUUGCAUCUCACUCUCUCCCUCUUUCUCCCUCCCUCUAUCUUUCUCUAUCUUUCUCUCUCUACGUGUUUUCAUUGCAUCUCACUCUCUCCCUCUUUCUCCCUCCCUCUAUCUUUCUCUAUCUUUCUCUCUCUACGUGUUUUCAUUGCAUCUCACUCUCUCCCUCUUUCUCCCUCCCUCUAUCUUUCUCUAUCUUUCUCUCUCUACGUGUUUUCAUUGCAUCUCACUCUCUCCCUCUUUCUCCCUCCCUCUAUCUUUCUCUAUCUUUCUCUCUCUACGCGUUUUCAUUGCAUCUUUUCUAUCUUUUUUUUUCUUUCUCUUACUUUGUAAGACUUUUUCUUCUUUUCAUUCCCUUGUUCUCUCUUUGGGUUUUCCUUUUUAUUCUACUUUCUUUUAUUUUACUUCUCGUCUGUCAAUUUUCACUAUUCUUUUCUCGUACAACUCUUUAUUUACUCUGUCUCUCUCCCUCUCUUUCCCUAUCUAUCUAUCUAUCUAUCUAUCUCUUCUUUUCUUUUCUUUCUUUUGUUCUCUCUUUAGGUUUGCCUUUUAACUUUCCUUUCUUUCUUUUUUUUUUCACUGUUUUUCAUUGUUCAAAAUCUUUCUUUUAUUCUAAUUCCUUCUUUCUCUCCCAUUGA